CUUGGAUAUCCGGAUAUUGGUUGAAGUCAUGUUCGAGUAUAUCCGGACAACCGCCUUGCGGAAUGAUAGAAGGAAUCGGUGCUUGAAAGAUCCAUCGGUCGGUCAUUCACCUUUGGCCACUCGGUCCUUCGCCAUGUUCUUCUGGCGCAACCCCUCGCCGGCUUCAGGACAUGAUGGGGAUGAUCUGUCUGUCGGCAGGACGAAGGAAGAGAUGUUGCGCUGCAACCGCUGCGACGAAUUCGUGAUGCUGCCAAUCGAGAUCGUUGCCAACAUCGUCGAGUGUUUGACUCACAUGGAAAUCCACCACCUGGAAGCGGCGCAUCCUCGAUUCCGCAUGCAGGUGGAAGGCUACAAUUGCUGGAAACAAGACGUCGUGCGGCGCAUUGUCCUCGACAAGACGCAAUGGUUUCGCACUGCCUCGGCCACGAUGACCCACUUUAGCAACAACUACCGCGCCAUGUCCGUGUGGAAGCGACUCGGAUGUUUGGCACACCUGGCAGGAUCGAGCAAGUAUGGCCAGGACAACCUUAUCGCCGAUGUGCUUAAGUUCUCGUCGGCAGACAGGGAGAGCGAAGGUCCCGGGAACACCCUUCGACCAUCCAAAUGCUGGGGGGAAAUCCAAAGGUUCAGCGACGAAUUGGACACUCCAUACAACCUGCAGGAGCUGUCUUCGUUCUCCAUGUUCCGACUGCUCACGCGCCGCCAAGCGUCGCUGGGGGAAACCAUUCAGAUGCUAUGUGGGUGCUCGUCGGGCAACUCGUGCUACUGGAGCAGUGCCGCUUCCACGACUCAAAACACAGAGGAAUCCAUCUACUACCGCAUGCGCGGCCAUUGCGUCGUCCGCGCGGUGUCCGUGUUGCCGUACCGCGUGUUCUGGCAUCCCAAUGCGCCGACGUAUGGACCGCAGCAAGUGUCGUUUUCGUUUUAUGCCAAUGAACGCAACGUCGACUCUGAGCACGAAGUGCCUUUCUACGUGUCGCCAGUCUUCGACGUCGUCAACGACAUGGUCGAACAAUCGUUCGAGCUCCCUGUGCGAGUGCUCCUGCAAGACGGGUACAUGAGGGUGAACUUGAUCGGUCGCCACCAAGCACAAACCUUCGACGUCCCCACGUGGAUGCAAGCGCAUGGCGACGACAACACACCCAAAUACUACUGCUGCUUGAGUCAAGUGCGGGCCCAUGGGGUUAUGAUGGACUUCGACACUUCCUCGCCGUGAUAUCCUCCCAAUGUGUCUGUUCAAGAAGGCUGUGGAAGUAUUUUUUAUAACCUAUUAAAACGACGCAUACGUUAUAUAUGUUUAACGUGUCAC